AUGAGCAGCGCCCCCGCGCCGGGCCCGCCGCCCGCCAGCCUCACGCUCUGGGACGAGGAGGACUUCCAGGGUCGCCGCUGCAGGCUGCUGAGCGACUGCGCAAACAUCGCCGAGCGCGGAGGCCUGCGCAGGGUGCGCUCCGUCAAGGUGGAAAAUGGCGCGUGGGUGGCCUUUGAGUACCCUGACUUCCAGGGACAGCAGUUCAUUCUGGAGAAGGGUGACUAUCCUCGCUGGAGUGCCUGGAGUGGCAGUGGCGGCCACCACAGCGACCAGCUGCUCUCCUUCCGGCCAGUGCUCUGCGCAAAUCACAGUGACAGCCGUGUGACCCUGUUUGAGGGAGAUAACUUCCAGGGCUGCAAGUUUGAACUCACUGAUGACUACCCAUCCCUUCCCUCCAUGGGCUGGGCCAGCAAGGAUGUGGGUUCUCUCAAAGUCAGCUCUGGAGCGUGGGUGGCCUACCAGUACCCAGGCUAUCGAGGCUACCAGUAUGUAUUGGAGCGGGACCGGCACAGUGGGGAGUUCCGAAACUACAGUGAAUUUGGCACACAGGCCCACACUGGGCUGCUGCAGUCCAUUCGAAGAGUCCAGCACUAA